AUGAAAAAAAUUUUAUACAUAGCUAUUGCUUUAGCUUGUAUUGUAGCUUUCAUGGCAUUCAACGGCAGCAUUUAAGAAUCUGUUUUUAAAAGAGUGAAAAGACACGAUGUCUGGGGACCAGCAUGCAGAUAGAAAUGCGCUGACAACAAGGGUGAAAUCUGCGGAUUUGUUUCACAGGGUUGUUGCACAAUAGAACGUUGCUCAACAGGAUUCACUGGGUAAAAUUGCGAAAAUAAUUAUAAAUUACAUAUCCCAGGAUGUACAACAGAUUGAUUUAGAUAAAUAUUAUUACAUUAUCGAAAAUUAUCAUUA